GUGAACAUUUUGUGUAAACUUUCUCAAGCGCCACAUGUUGUCGUUAGAACAAAGUUGGAGUUGGUUGCUUGAAAACUUCUCAGAGUUUCAACUACAUACUUUGGGUACCUUUAUUAUUCACGAAGUUUGUUAUUGGGGUAGUUAUGUACCUUUUCUUAUAGCCGACGCCUUGCCCUAUUUUCGAAAGUGGAAAAUACAAAAGGACAGGGAAGUAGACUCAAAUAGUCAAUGGAAUUGCGUUGUAGGAGUGUUGAGGAACCAUUUUUUGUUAGUUUUGCCUCUUAUUAUUGUAACUCAUCCCUUUUUUGCUUUUAUGGGAACUCGAGAUGAGCUACCUUUACCUGGUAUAGGAGAGAUUGCGUCUCAAGUGUUUCUUUUCUUUGUCAUCGAAGACUUUAUCUUUUAUUGGGGACACAGAGCCUUACAUACUCCUUAUCUUUACCGCAAAGUACACGCCGUACAUCAUCUACACUCUUCUCCUUUUGGAAUAACUGCAGAAUAUGCCCAUCCAGUAGAAGUGGUAUUUCUAGGAACGGCUUCUAUUGCAGGUCCCAUGCUCAUUGGACCUCACUUAUUGACUCUUUGGAUAUAUUUGGGUUUGAGACUGGUUCAAACUGUUGAAGCCCAUAGCGGAUAUGACUUUCCUUGGAGCCCACGUUUCUUGAUACCUUUUUAUGGUGGAGCAGAGUUUCAUGAUCAUCAUCAUAAGAUAUAUUCUGGAAAUUAUGCUUCUAGUUUUAUUUGGAAUGACUAUUUGUUUGGAACAGAUUAUGCUUAUCGUUUAUACAAGGCCAAAGGAGUGGAUGCUUAGGUUGUCGUUUAAGACUUGUCCUUUGUCCAUGAAGAUAUCGAGGCACAGGUGUAGGUAUGAACAAAGCUUUCUUUGUGAGUUUCUUUUUGUGUGUUCAGAAGAUAUAUCUUUCUUUUUGUUGAAAUGUGCUAGUUGUGAAUUUUUUUAUUUUCGGUGUCAACAAAAAAGAUAAUCUUUGUAUAAAAUAUGGAAUGAAUUAUCAAAUCCUCAUCACUUUCUACGUAGAAUUUCUUUUUGUUUCUUUUUUUAUUUUCGGUGUCAACUUGACCGUUAGGUGUUUGGUA